AUGAACCAUAGAUUAGGUUUUAGGAGCAAUGUAGCUGCGCUAUCAAAGGCAGAAGCAACAUCAGCCCUGAUAGGAGGGAGGCUAAUUGGUCCGGCUGCUGUUACUGUAGCAGGUGUUCCUCAUUACACCUGGAAUAAUGAUGGUCUCCUAUACAUAUGUAUGUUCGUCAUACCUGGAGACGACGCUAAGGCUAUAGUUCUGUCAUCUUGCCCCUGCGAUCGUGACCUCCAUUACGUCAUCACGACGGAGGGUCACGUGACCUAUUGGAACGAGCAGAGGAUUCCCCCGGUGGACCUACCUCCUGAGGAGAACAUCAAUGGCAUUCCAUUGUGCAGGUUCAAUUUCUCGUAA